UAGGCCUCUAAUUAUACAGAAAUUAUAGUUUAAGUGACAAAUCCACCCACCAUCACCAAUGACCAAACCACAAUAAUGUGUACGCGUUUUUUGCAAAAAGCGUAAAAAUAAAUAAACACGUAUAUAAAUUAUUAUUAAAAAAAAUAUAUCCCCAAAUAACGCGUGAAGCAUUUGUGAAGAGGCCUUCAAAAGGGGGGGAUUGGCCAUUGAAACCGUUGGUUCAUCUUCUUCAUCUUCUUCAUCUUCUUCUUCAUCUUCUCUCUCUCUGUUUUAGAAGUUUGUUCAGAAACCCUAAUUUCUCUCCUAAAUUUUCUCGGCAACCAAACAAAGCUCCACCACAAUAACAUUUGCCAGCCAUUUUCCUUCAGGAUCUUCCUCUUUUUACAAUCUCAAUUUCCACAUUAAUUCCUCCUCUCUCUGUUUCCAUUCCCAAAAAACCUCAAAAUCACAUUCCCUCAUCCAUCCAUCCAUCCAUCCAUCUCCCUUUCUUAUCUAACACCCGCUUUUUCCUUCUCUUCUCCUCUUGCCCUUCGCCGGCCGCCCGAGAUCUCAUCCACAAACACGUAAUUACAAAUGGAUCCCACGGAGCUACGUCGAGUGUUCCAGAUGUUCGAUCGCAACGGCGACGGCCGGAUUACCAAGAAGGAAUUAAGCGACUCCUUGGAGAAUUUGGGGAUUUUCAUUCCCGACAAAGAUCUGACUCAAAUGAUCGAGAAAAUCGAUGUCAAUGGCGAUGGAUGUGUCGACAUUGACGAGUUCGGUGAGCUGUAUCAAUCGAUUAUGGACGAGCGAGACGAGGAAGAGGAUAUGAGAGAAGCCUUCAAUGUCUUCGAUCAGAAUGGCGAUGGAUUCAUCACCGUCGAUGAAUUGAGGUCAGUUCUAGCUUCCUUGGGGCUUAAACAAGGGAGAACUGUAGAGGAUUGCAAGAAAAUGAUUAUGAAAGUGGAUGUGGAUGGAGAUGGAAUGGUUAAUUAUAAGGAGUUUAAGCAAAUGAUGAAGGGAGGUGGAUUUAGUGCAUUAGGUUGAUGAUAUCAUUCUCACUUUAUCACAAACCUUCCAUUAAAAAAAAAAAAAAAACAAAAAAACAGAGGACGAGAGAGAGAGGGUGUUUUUCCAUUAGAGUCUGUAUAUAAAACCUUGAAGAUAAAGAAGAUGAUGAAAAUGAAGAUGGAGAUGAAGGAAGAAGAGGAAGGAUUUGAUCAUUACACACAAAGUUGCAUGGACUACUCGUGCACUCUGUCCACGUGUCCAUAUGACAUUGGUUCUCUUUCAACCAAUUGUCUUUCCACACGUAUUGAGAAUAUAAUACUCUAUUUUUUAAUUUUUUUAAAAAUUUUAAUAUUCCAUGUAAUUUUGAAUUUCAUUGUUGGGGGAGGGAAGGGAGAGAGGGAGAAAGGGAUAGUGAAUUGUUGAUUGUCGAUUCGGGUCGGGGAACCCACAGAAUAUUAUUAUGUUUUUUUUCUUUUCUUUUUUCUCUUUCCUUUUUUUUUUUAAAAAAAAAUAAUUUGCUUCUCAA